ACGUAACACGUGUUGGGUCGAGUACGUUUAUUUAAAGAGAGAGAAGACGUAGUAGUUUCACCAGAAACACGGAAUUUUCGUCACUGAUUCGUAAGGUCAAUUUAAUAUUAGUAUUAAAUUUUUAAGUAUAUUGAAUAAAAAUAUAAUUGCAAUAGCAAUGAAAUAUUACGAUAAAUAAAUAAUCACCAAGACUGUGAGUUGUGGUAUUUCAGGAACAAUCGCUCACGGCACGACCUGGUGAGAAUAAAAAUAAUUUCAAUAAAUUGUGUAUACCAAAGAAGGAGCAAAAUAACUUAGUAGAAGCUGUUUUUUAAAUAAAAACAGAAGAAAAAACACAUCAUAGAUCAUAUUAAAUAUACAAAAUAUAAAUAUAAAAUUUAAGCAUUGCUGCAGUGCAGAAGGGCUCUAUGUGCUCCACAUCAGCUUCAGCAAAUGAUACUUUAGUUUUCAAGAAUAUUGUAUCACAACAUCAAAGAAGGAUUUCAUCUGCAAAUUAUAAACUUGGUGUACGACAGAGGCAACAUGCGCAACGAGAUUACUGCAGCAGUACUAUUCUUAGUACAGCUGAUAGAAAAAAACGAAAAAUUUAGUCCUGAUCAAUUGGAAUGUUUUAAACGACGUUUGGUGGAAUUGUUGACGGAACGUUUUAAAAAUCAUUGGUUUCCAGACAAACCAUUCAAAGGUCAAGGUUAUCGUUGUAUUCGUGUAAAUGGUCAUAAUCGGAGGGAUGCAACUUUAGAAAGUGCAGCUAAUGCUGCUGGAGUAAAAUAUGAAGAUCUAUCAUUACCAGUAGAAUUAACGCUUUGGGUUGAUCCUAAUGAAGUUUGCUGCCGAUUUGGAGAGAGCAAAGGGUCAUAUUGUACUUUAGCAUCAUUUGAUGAUAAAGAAAAUACUGUACCAAUUUUUCAAGGAAAUAAUGAAGGAUUAGAAAAAGAAAAUAAACAAUCUGAGGGGCCGACUAAGAUACAGAAAUCCCCUUUGACUACUAAUACAGAUCAGCAACAAAAAUCAAAACCACUAAGCUCUGCUAAUCAAAAUCAACAGCAUAGCAAUAAUGGUACAGGUAGGAAACGCAACCUAAACAGCCCAAGGUUACACCUUAAUAGAAAUCGUUCCUGGUUUGGUCACUCCUUCAGUAUGGGCUAUGGUCCUCAUCCAAUAAGUCAACCAUGGUAUAAUAUUAUGCCUCCUCAUUUUUUGGGUGGUCCAUCUCCACCUCCUUUUAUGGGUCAUAGAGGAAACAAGUGGAUUCAUCCACCUUCCUACCCUACAGGACCUGCCCGUUUCCAUCAUUGGUCUCCCAAAGCUGCUCUUAAAGUAUAAACGAUCCCUCCCUAUGAAAGUAGUUAAAAAAUCUGUUCCUUCCCAUAAAAGAAAAAAGAAAUUCCAAAAUUCUUUUAAUAAUUAAAAAAUUUGUUUUAAUAUGAAAGUAUACAUAUAUUUAUAGUGAUAUUAAAAAUAUCUUGCUAUUAUUAAUAUUAUUAUUGAUAUUGUAUUCUUAAAAAAUUUAAUGUGAACAUUUUUAUAUUAGGAACAGAUUUAUUAACAUUUCAGUGACGAAAAUUUCCCAUUCUGUAAUUACAAAUGACCUUGUUCGAAUUACGACUAAGGCUUACGAUUUUUUAUGACGAGAAAUGUUGCAUUAUUACAUGUUAUAUAUAAAUAAUUAAUUGGAUGAUAGAUGUUUAAUUCCGGAUGCAAGGUUGCUUGUAAAAUAAUAGAUUAGACAGAAUUUAAUUAGAAUGAAUUAAGUCAUUGAUGUCUAAGACAAAAAAAUGUCAUAUCACUUGUGACACUUUUUCUGAUUAAUCCUCAAAAAAAGGAUUUAAUAGAAAAUAGAUUAUAGGUAUUUCAAGAGGGAGCAGUAUUGAUUUUAAAUGAAUUUCCAAAAUUGGAUACAAUUCCUCUUUAAAUUAUAUGUAAUAAAUUUUAAUGCCUCGUAUAGGCGAUCUCAGUUCUUUAAAUAAACAUUUCAUGAAAUUCUGUCAUGUAAUAGAAAGAAAAAGUUUCAAAGAACUUUUUCUUUAAUGUGUAUAUAUAUAUCUAGUGUAUUCACAAAGACUGGAGCUUCAAAGUUCGCCUUAUUUUUCAGUAUUGUUAUAAUGCAGAAAAAUAGAGAAUUUAGAGAUAUAAUAUACCAACUUGUUAAGAUAAUAAUGUCUUAUAACAAUAUUGACAAACCAUGUAAGCUUUGAAAUUCUAGUAAUACUGAUUUGAGAAUGAUGUUUGACGAGUUCAAAUCAACAACUUUAUCUUUUAUUGUAUGUGUAUAUUGUUGUAUUGCGUUAACGAAUAGAAGAACGAUACCUCUUUUGAAUUUGCAGGUUUAUGGUGCAAAGAAAUUUAAAAUAUUUUUGCUUUAAAGAAGCACACCAUACCUGUUAUGUAAACAUACUGCCUCCAGUAGAGAUUCUAUUAAUAAUCGUUUAUGUUAGAUGAUUAUUAACAAACGCAUGAAUUUCAUAAUUAACAUACAUUUACAAAAAUGAAUGUUUAUUUUAAUUAUGCUCAAUAUAAAAAUAUAUAUUGGGCUUAUGGUUUUUAAGCAAAACAACUAAAACUUAGCACUUAAGAAUAUACAUCUUUGAUGUUAAUAGAUCUAUAGCUUAUUGCAGUUGAAACUUUAAUUCUACCAUACUAAUACAGAUGUUGUGUACAUUCAAUCUUGUAUAUUGUAGACAAUUUAUAACUCUAUAGUAAUUUAUGCUCUUGCUUUGUUAACAUCAUAAAUACAUGCUUGAUUUUUAUUUGGGAAUUACUUAUGUAUGAAGGACUCAAAAACCAACUAAAAUAUAUUAAUUUUUUAAUUUUCAUUUCAUGCAGUAUUCUGAGAGUUACAAUAGUUAAUUUCUUUAAUACUUCUAUGUAUUGCUGUUUACUUACAUUCUUUUAUUCAGAUAUGUUUGUGUAAAUAUAUAUAUCAUAUCUCGCAAUCUAAAUAAUAAUCAUAUUCUUUAAUCUUCAAUUUGAACACUAUAUUGUUUGGUUUUUGAACCUUUCACACGUGCACGAACGUUUUAAUAUUAUUAGUAUCUAAAGUGUGCAAUUUUUUUCAAUUUAUGUUGUAACAUAGAAUUAUUCAUAAAGAUAACUUUCACUUUAUUUACGUGAUUUUAAUGUGAGAUUUAUUUUUAAGAAUUACGUUUGUGCAAAUAUAUUGUUAUCUCAUUGGCGCAUAACAUAUAAACUUUAUAUGGACUAUGUCAAAUGCAGUAUGCACUAUAUUUUAUUAGUAGAUUAUUAAUUUAUGUGGUUAAAUCAUUUUAAAAAGUUUUCGUUAAUGUUUUAACCUAUUAAAAUUGAUGGUAAUGUGAAAAAUUGAAAUUGCAUAGUAUAGUUGUUACCAUCUAUUACAUAAUAUAAAUCUAGUUGAUGACACAAAUUGGAGUAUUAUCGCUAGAUAUACUUAGUGUCCUUAGAUAAAUUUCUAAUGAUAUAACCAGACACAACAUAAAUAUUAUUGAACAGACUGUGUUAGGAAGAAUUUUAAUCAAAUAUGUAGUAUAAAUUUUGCAACUUUCAUGUUUCACAUUUAGCAUUGUUUAAUAUAUGCAUGAAAUUUGCUGUAUUGUAGAUGAUUUUUGUGUUCAAUUUGUUAAAACUUAUUCAGAAAGAGUCAUUUUGUUGUUAUGAAAGGUAUAAAAAUUCUAUAUGAAUAUAGAUAUAAUGUAUAUGUAGAGUUAAGCAAUGUUGCAUUCGGACAUAUUCUUUUAUUAAUAUAUAUGAUGCUCAACAUUUGAAAUGUUCCAAACUUUUUAAUUGUGUUCAUGAUAUAAAAAAAAAAAAAAAAAGAAAUAUUAUGCUCCAUAUAAUAACAUUUUCUAAUAAUAGAAAAUGUUCAGAAACAAUUUUUUUAUAAGAAGUCUAUAUUUGAAUAACAUGUGAUAAAACAUGUAGUAUUAAUGUACAUUUGCAGUCUUGACAAGAAAGAAAUUACAUACAUUUUGGGCAAAAAAAAAUAUAUUCCCUUUUAUAUAAAAAAUUCUUUUAUAUCUGUAACUUCUUAAGUAUAUGAGAGUUAGGCAUUAACAUUUACAAAUGAAUAGUGCUUUGGCAUAAAAAAAAAAAAAUUAAAAACCUUUAUAUCAUUUUCAAAAAAAAAAAACAAAAAAAAUGCUUUACACAGUAUUAAGAAAAAAUUUAAAAUAUCAAUUUUCAAUUUAAAAUUUUUGUUUUUGUAUAAUUAAUAUAUAGAAAAAAAUUUAAUAUGUCAUUAUUAUAUAUUCUCUUAUCAAGAAUUAUUAAGAGUGUACUUUACAAUCGUGUCAAAUAAUGUAUCCAAAAAAAAAAAAACAGAUUUGAUAUUAGCAUUAAUGUUUGGAUCAUUUCGAUUGUAGGGUAAGGCACUAUAUAAACAUAUGCAUAUAUUCUAUCACUGCUGUGUCAUAUGUUAUAAAACUACUUUUUGCAUAAUUAUGCAAUGAUAACUAUAAUCCUGUUCUACAACCAUACUGAUCUUCGCAUUUUUUUCAUAACUUCAAAUAUAUAUCUCUGUUCAAUACUUUGUUUCGUGUUAUCCAAUAAAAACUAUAUUACACAUUCAA